AUAAUGAAACUGCUGUAUAUACACUAAUGCCAAUGGUGAUGGCUGACCAGCACAGGUCUGUCUCAGAGCUGCUAUCAAAUUCAAAAUUUGAUGUGAAUUAUGCAUUUGGACGUGUGAAGAGAAGUUUGCUUCAUAUUGCAGCAAACUGUGGAUCAGUUGAAUGCCUUGUUCUAUUAUUAAAAAAAGGGGCAAAUCCAAACUAUCAGGACAUUUCAGGAUGCACACCUCUCCAUUUAGCAGCAAGGAAUGGCCAGAAGAAAUGUAUGAGCAAACUGCUGGAAUACAGUGCAGAUGUCAACAUUUGUAAUAAUGAAGGCUUGACUGCAAUUCAUUGGUUGGCUGUCAAUGGACGAACAGAGUUGCUUCAUGAUCUUGUUCAGCAUGUCAGUAAUGUCGAUGUUGAAGAUGCAAUGGGACAGACAGCCCUUCAUGUAGCUUGUCAAAACGGUCACAAGACAUGUUUGCUAGACAGUGGUGCAGAUAUAAACAGACCGAAUGUGUCAGGGGCAACUCCACUCUAUUUUGCUUGCAG